GAUAGCAAGAGGCGUAAGUGCUGCAAUUGGCAUUGCAGCAACAGUUGUGUACCCCAUCGUUGAACCUCGCAUCGGCACACUUAGAACAGGAAUUUGGUCUAUCUGGUCCCAGGUACAAGCACAUCUAUAUUUUUCUUUUCAUCUGUACACCUGAUAAUGGACUAUACAACAGAACAUGGGAUAGCCUGAUCCUUUCUCGAAUCUCUCUCACCUGCCUCAAGAGGUUCAAACCUAAGACCUACAACUCAGAGUUUCAAACUCUUACCAAUUGAGACAUGUCUUAGGUGCUAUAAGCAUAAUAUGUAGACUUGUAUGGCAAACAUGGAGAGGGAGUCUUAAUUGAUAUUUUCCCUGAUGCAGUGGACCUGCCUAUUGCUAUGUGUUGCUUCGAUAUGGUUCACAAAUAAGUACUUAGCAGCGUCUAUGCUGAUGGGUGGUGUAGCGACAUCUAGACUUGGGUUGUGGAUGUUUGAUUUAGCUGUCAUACAACAAAUGCAGGAUCUUGUUCCAGAAACGGAACGUUGCAUUGUGGGAGGUGUUCAGAACUCACUUCAGUCUAGUAUGGAUUUGCUGGCUUAUGUCAUGGGAAUAAUAAUCUCGAAACCACAGGAUUUCUGGAAGCUGAAUUUGAUGUCUUGUUUAGCAGUAACGAUUGCUGCGGUGCUCUACACUUAUCAUCUGUUCAGAGUUAGGAGGCAUCUUUUCCACUUUGAGAAGCUGCGGUUGUUGAAUCAGCUAUUUGUAAUAAGAUGAUCAUUUUUAUUUGCUACUUUCUCUUUAUUUCUUGUUAAAAUUUGUAAGCUCAUCUGAAAACACAUACUGAAACUGAAUGAAGUUUGUCUAAAAGG